AUGGGAGGUGCUGAGUGUCAUGUUUCAGGUGUGAUCCUGUUCUCGAGCGCUGUGUACUUCGCUGAGGCGGGCUCUGAACUCUCCUUCUUCAAGUCGAUCCCUGAUGCCUUCUGGUGGGCUGUCGUGACGAUGACCACUGUUGGAUACGGUGUGGUGCUCUUCUCGAGUGCGGUCUACUUCGCGGAGGCCGGAUCCGAAAAUUCCUUCUUCAAGUCUAUCCCUGACGCGUUCUGGUGGGCCGUUGUAACCAUGACAACAGUGGGAUAUGGGGACAUGACGUAUGAUGCCGGUCGGGGUCUGGGGAAAGAUAGUCGGAUCACUGUGCGCCAUAGCAGGAGUUCUGACCAUCGCCCUCCCCGUGCCCGUCAUUGUCUCAAACUUCAACUACUUCUACCACAGGGAGACAGAUCAAGAGGAUAUGCAGUCACAGAACUUCAAUCAUGUCAGCAUAUGAAGAAAAGUUCAAUGUCAGAAUCGUCGUCAGACAUCAUGGAGCUUGAGGAGGGUCUUCUCCUGUCCAGGGAUAUUGUGAAGAAGCACAACUCGAACCCAAGGCAGCACAAUAACACCAUGAGCAUCGAAACUGACGUCUGACUAGUGGUGCAUGAGGGUGGACUUGCACUCUGGUCUUCUUCGCAAUCAGAGUCAAGCCUCUCUUCAUUUGCGCUCAUGCUGUGAUAAGCAUGCAAUAUCCAAGUCUGCAUGCUCCCUUCACUCUUUACUAUGGUGCUUUCAGACUUCAUUCAGAGUGCAUCUCAAUGUAGCCAUGGAUACUGCAACUCAAGAAGAAAAAAGGAAAUUUACCUUAUUAAUUAAGGAUUAUUACCAAAACGACUGACUUUUAUUACAAAUAAACAAGAUAUAUAUAGAUAUAUAUAUAAAUGAAUAAGUGCAUAAUGCCCGUUGUAUAACUCAAUAAUUGUAAUGUUUAAUUAACUGGGUCUUGCCAAAAAACGACAGUUCUUUUUGUUAUAUUUUUGAUUUAUUAAAUAUUUAAAAAUAGACUUUAAAUUUUAUAGUACUGUUAAGAAUUUCUUAGGUGUAUCAUGUGUGCGGUGAAUGAGUGUUUAUUUGUUGGACACUCUUAUUACCAAUACACGUGUUAAUGAAAGCUAGUCCAUGUGAUCACCAAUAGGCAAUAAUGGAAGUUUCAAAGUUGAGUUUAUAAAAAUGAAUAUGAAAUAAAUUAUCAGAACUUUGUUUUCCUUGUUAAAACUUUGGUUCCCUUGAAAAAAAGAAAAAGAUUUUGACACUUAGCAUAAAUUCUUUCAAAUUUAGCUCCUUUAAGUAUAUAAUUGUAGCAGAAAAUAGUUAAAUAGGAUGAAUACCUGGACUUGCUUUCGUUUAUAAAUUUCUUUUAUCUACUUUCUUUAAAAAAAUACUACAAGUUCAUCUGUUACUAGUAACUAAUACUGCUUUACAUCUGUGAGAAAAGAAAAAAAGGAUACACCACACAUGAAUAAAACUCCUAUGCAGGCUAUUAGAAUAUUACAGUGUAGCUGAAUCUUAAGAAUUCAAGAAAAGUUGUUACUACAAAAUAAUUAUUAUCAUUAUUAUUGCUAAAGUAUCCAUCACUGGCGUACACUAGCCGUGAAGUAUUACAAUCAGUAGCGUGAAAAAAUAAUUACUACUAUAAUAAUGAUCAGCAGAUAGAACCCUUUGGCUUUUAGACUGCCAUUAAAACUCCUAAAUGUUCUUUGGGAGAUCACCAUCAAGUCCAUGUCGUCCAAAUACAAAGGAUAAAUAGUCUAAACGCAUUCGCAUUAUUAUUCGAUUAUAUUUAAGAACACUUCUAAAUAGAUCAAAAGUAGAAUAUUUAGAAACCUUAAACUUUUUUAGAUUAAUCAAUGUCAUUUAAUUAUAAAAUCAAGCUGAUUAGAUGCAUAGAAAUGUCAUGGAUUUAUGGUGAAUCGCUUCAACAGAUAGGAGAAUAGAAUAAUAUUGUAAUAAAACAUUCUUUACCUAGAACAGAUAAAUUUUUCUGAAAUCACUAGAAAUAGUCAUUUAAUUAGGUCAGGGAGUAAAAUAACAGAUUUUCCUAUUUGAAUUCGCAAAAAAAAAGAAGAUAACUGUAAAUAACUAAUAAGUAUUAUCUUUAUUAUUGUUAUUCUUUAAAUCUAAAAAAAAAAAAAUCCAAAAAUAAUACAAUUUUUAUACUAAUGUUAUUCUCCAAACACUUGGUCCAUAGGUAAUACAGGUUAUUAAUAUAGAAUUAAUUGUAAAUUUAUAAGGACUGUUAUUCAGUUAGCAUAUUAUUUUAUACCAGCGCUCAAUUAGAAUAAUGUUUUUAUUUUGAGUCAUUUUUCUAUUGUGCAUUUACUUACUUAAUAUUAUAUAUAUUAAUAAAAAAAAUAUAUAUAUAAAUAUAAAUACAUCAAAUAUUAUUAAAAAUUAGCACUUUUUAAAGGGAUAUUACUUACUAAGGAGUGUAGCUAAUCAAGCAAAUCCUUUUCCUAAUUUCAGGCCUUAUAUUAUUAUAUUAAUAAAGUGAUUAACUAAAACCAUAUGCACACCCAUUAUAUAGAAUUAAUAAUAAUAAUAAUAGGGGAAAUAUAUGGGUUUCCCAUUAAUAUCUUGAAUUUUAGUUACAGCACCUUAAGUUUCAUAAAGCCUUUGCUUAUAUGCUAUACUUCUUAUGGCCAAAUUUCAUAGAUUUUCUACUUUUAAAUUAUAUAUAAAUGAAGAUAUAAAAAAUGCUAGUAGAUUUAUAUAACAUUCAUGUAUAGAUAUGUAUAACAGUCCUUAUAGUGCCUGAUUAAUGUUUUGUUCAUAAAUUAUAAAGGAGUUGCUUAACUUGGAGUUGCCUCCCAUUCCACUGUGUGCGUGACGUAUCUGCGAUUCCUGCCAUAUUCUAUGUAUGCAUGAGCCUGUCUUCUAUUUAUAUAAAGAUAAAGUCAUUUUGAGUUGCUAGAUUUUUAAAAAAAUAUAUAUAAUAAAUGCAAUUCAAAUUUAUAAAAUAAACAACUCUGUCGUCCAAAGUUUUUUUUAUUUUUAUUUUAUAAACUAUCAUGUUAGACCAUUAAACUGGUCGAGUUUUGUAGCCAGCUCAUCUGUAUACACUCAAACACCGCAGAACAAAUUUAGCCAAUAAAACUAAAAAAUUAUUUAUAUCUUCAAACAUCAAUUAUUAUCGUUGAAUUAAAUGUCUUAUUGUAAAAAUAAAAGUCUAAGUAAAUAUUAUUACGAGAUCCUAUAUUUUGAGCACUGUUUUAAGUGCUUGUAUUUAUAUUUGGGCUGUGCGAAAGCUUAAAAACAAGAAAAGUUUUAAGAAUUGUAGAGUUUAAAUAGCUUUUACGCAUAGUUAAAGGGGGCUCACCGGAGAUGUGGUGAUAGUUCUUUAGUCAUUUGAGAGUAUCUCUGAUGUCUGUUUAUAUACAUACAUAUAAUGUUAUUAAGCGGUAUCAUAAACAUUAUAUGAAUAUAACACAUUGCAUUGCACAACGGUCUUCCUACAAUAAUAAAUUAAUAUGCACACAAUUGCAGAUAUUAUUCAUAAGUCUAUUUCUGGCACAUGUUGUAAUGUGACCUCAUACCUAGCGAUUAACUUCUCAGUACGAUAAACCCUCAAAUCCAUUGAUAGUAUUGAGAAUGCUACUUCAUUUUUUAUACAUAUUGAGCUUUUUAAUAUACAAAUUUGUAAAAAAAAAUUAAAAAAAGAAAUUUUAAAAAUGUAUGCAGUGUGCUGUAUUUUGAAAGUGGUAUAGGCCCUGAAAUCGAUUAAUUUGUUUAUGUGCUUUAUCUUCAAAAAUGAACUAAUUGUAUAGAAUUUUAUUUAGUUUUAUAAACAAGUAUUAUGAAACAUUUAUAUCUAUACGAAUAUAUAAGCAUAAAUAUAUGAUUUUUCUAAAUUAAUAGGACUAGUUACAAUAUAAAUAAAUUCUUAUAGGGUUACUCUUUCUUGAUAAGGACAUUACCACAUCAUUAACUUAUACAAUAGGUUUAAAUAUAUAAUCUAACCUCAUUUCUCUAGUAAAAGUUUAGCUGUGGGGCAAUGAUAAGGUAAUAAAAGUAAGGCAAUUUUCUCCGGUCGUCCUUGGCUUCAACAGUUAGUGUUUUAUCACCAGUUACCACUACUUGUAGUCCUUGUUAUUUGUAUUUAUCAACAUUAAUAAUUAUUGUAUAAUUACGCAAAAACAUUCCUAGAUUAUGUAAAUAAUUUUAUUUUAAUUUAUCUUAUUUUCUUUUUUAACAAAGAGUAUAUGUUUGUAGGUUAUUGUAUAAAAUUAUGUUAUGUUUUAGGAGUCAGACUAGAAUGGCUUACAAAAUAUUAUAAGCUAUGGCUUUAGUAUGUUUGAUUCCUUUAAUGAAUUUCUUUUUUUUUCUUUUUUUUCCAUUUUCCAUAAAAUAAAAAAGGGAAAACAAAAAAGGGACGUAUUUAUACAUUUUAAAUAUCCAAACCGAUCCAAACUGUAAAAUGCAUGCUAGGGAAGCUUGAGUCAGUUACAUUGUUAGGUACCAAACAAGAGGCAUCAUAAAUUUCUUUUAUUUGAAGCAGAGCUCAAGUUAUAUUUAAUUUAAAAGUCAGGAUGGGCGGCAAUCAUCAAACCACAAAAUGUGAUCAUUUUAAUAUAUUUUGAUAUUGUUAUUUGUUUUCCUUGUUUAAUGUUGUUAAGGGUUUAGUAUACAUGAUUUUAGAAGUUAUAUAUAUAAAUAUACAUAUAUUUUUUAUAUUGUCCCCUUCUGUCCUUUUUCAUUGAUACUCACUGCUACAUUUCUGACUCCUUAUAACUGAUGGGAAUUUUGAGAAGCAUAUCGAUUUAAACCUUCAGAAAUAUUUUAAAAGAUUAUAUAUAAGUCUUUAUUCAGUAUACAAGUUUGUUGUUUCUCUAAUGAAAAUGUAUAAAUAAAGCUUCAUUUAUUUUUAUUUAAAUAUGUGUUUAAAAUGUUCGCUGAAUGUUGUUGGGCUUCUAAUGUUAGAACAUAUCAAUUUUUAUUGAAUAAAUGAAUAUAACUUAAUGUACAUCUUCCAUGUAAUAAUUUGUAUUGUAUUUUAGAAUACAGAAUAACUUUACUUUAGUGCAACACAUAUCGUAACCAUGUUGUCGUUGUUGUAAUUAAAAGUCAUUGCCGCUCACCCUAAGAAAUAUGUUAAACCUAGGAACAAAGUGUUUUUAAUGGACAAUAUAUAUGUUAUUAUACCUAGAUUGGUUGUGCAUUGUAAGCAAUAAAAAAAAAAUUAAAUGGGGGAUGAGAUAUGAAUUAGAAAUAUAAAUAACAUUAAUCGGUUGCCAAUGAAUAACUGUACAAAAUUGGUUCUAAAAUGUAUAUUGUAUAAGUCAAUGUCACUUUCUGUACUUAGAGUAUUACAUCAAUUCUUGAAUUUAUUUAAAUAGCAUUAUAUUUUAAAGUCAACUACAAUUUUGUUUUUGUUUAUGUUUGCAUUGUGAUAAUUUGUCUAAGUAUUUUAACAUUGGUGAUGUUAAUAAACAGAGUUGCUUCAAAACAGCAUGACCUAAUUAUGUACAUUAAUGUCUGUUAGAUUUAAUUUUAAAAAGUAUAUAUAUAAAAAGAAAAGCAGAUAUUUUUUCAGAUAUGUAAAUGUUUUGAACUCUAAAUUAACAUCACCAAUUUCCUGUCAAGAAUAGACCUAAUGCUUAUUCAAUAUUUUUGUAUAUUUAGAUCAUACAAUGUUUCAUUUGAUAUUACUAUUAAGUCAAUUAAAUGGUAUUACUCAAGUUUAAAACAAUUAAGAAUAUAAGCAGUGAUACUUUUUUCAAAAAAAAAAAUAUUACAUUAAGAAUAAUUAUAUUUACAGCCUCUUGUACUGUAUAUACAAUGUAAAUAUGACACCAUUGUUUGUUUUACACCUGACUAUGUCAUUGUUGACCAUUGAAAUAUGAAGAGAAAAGUUAAGUGAAGAAUUACUUAUAGUUUCUUACCCCUAAAAAUGUUACAAAUAGUAUUAAUUGGUUUAACCAUUUUUAUAAUUUCAAAAUCAAAACGAUGUUCAUUUGCUAUUAGCCGACAUAUCUAACAUUUUAAUACAAAUAUAUUGUUGAAAGAAUACUAUUUUCAACUCUAGGCUGGGGUUCUAUACAAUUUCAUUUUAAUACCUCACCUCCCAAAUGAAUUAUAUUAUUGUAAACUUAUAAAAAUUAACUAAGUAGUUGGUAAUUUUCAUUUGAUUCAUUGAUAAUUUUAUAGUGGUAUGGCUGUGAAAAAUACUUUUAAAAUAUUGACUUUAUAAGGGCUAUAAACAUUGGUUAGAAUUGAAUUUUUGAAUUGAAUUGUGUUUUUAUUUGCCUAAUAACUGAAGUGCAAUAAAUCGCAUCAUAAAAGUACAAUGUUAUAAAUCAUUUAUCAGUAUAACAAUAAUUUUUAUGCAGACAAAACUAAUGAUGACAAUGCCUUACAAUCAAAAUAUAUGGCUGCGUUUCAAUAUUGAUUUGUAACCAAUAAGCUUUUUACGAGGCGUAAUCGCUAUUUUUAUAAGUAGAAAUAGGUAUGUAUUACAGUAAAAACACCAAGUAAAUACAUUACAUUUGCAAUAUUCACUAUUUUAUAAAAGCAACUUGUUAUUCCUUAUCUAUGAAAUCCAUAAAUGUCAUUUUAUUGUAGGAUUUCCCUUUAUACUUAUAACACAAUAUGAAAAACAACUCCUGAAUCCUUUCUUUUCCAAUAUAAAUCAACAUUUUUGAAGAAUCAGCAACAGGCACAUGUUUAAACAUUAGAUAAAAAUAUUUUAUUAUCAGUGUAAACUGGAUUCUAUAAGGCAUUUUUUGAUUUUAUUUGCUUUCAUUUGGCAAGUAAUAAGUGGUUAUUAACGAUUGAAUCAAAUAUAUUUAUAACAAAAGUCUUUAUAGAUUUAGACAUUUCACAGGAACUAGAUUUUAUUUUAUUUUAUUUUUUUUAUUUAAUUUCAAUUUACCUAAACUGAAUGAGCU